AUUCAUAGGUUGGUAUAAUGUGAAUAGGAAUCUGUCAAUCAAAGUUAUGUCGUGACCUGUGAGUGUAUAUACAAGAAUCAGUUUAAUAACUAUUGUAAAUACAGAAAAAUUCAAACACAUUUAAUGGAUGAAAUUGCUAAUUUUUUUGCGGAACAGAUGGAAAAAUUUAUAAAAUUAUAACAUGAAGUCGAUGUUUAUGAACUUUGCAAGGUUUUUAAGAAUAUAGUGAUAUUUUGGCCCCGUUUGUAAUAAAACAACAUAAAUUAUAACAAUGCAAGUAGACGACCCUCCGUAUUUGUCUGUUGGAACUGCUGUUAGUGCUAAAUAUAAGGGUGCUUUCUGUGAAGCUAAAGUUAGCAAAGUGGUUCGUCUAGUAAAGUGCAAGGUAACAUAUAAAAUGGGAUUAGGAACUGCAACACUUACCGAUGAGCAAAUUAAAGGUACUCUUAGAGUUGGUCAAACAGUGCAAGCAAAAUAUCAAGAUAAAAAAGAGCUUGUAGAAGCAACAAUUACUAAAAUUCAGGAUUGUAGCCAAUAUACUGUUGUAUUUGAUGACGGUGAUAUAACAACAUUGAGACGUACUGCCUUGUGUUUGAAAAGUGGUAGACAUUUUAAUGAAAGCGAAACAUUAGACCAACUACCUUUAACUCAUCCUGAACAUUUUGGAAAUCCUGUUGUCGGUGGCAGAAGAGGCAGGAGAAACCGGCAGCUAAAAGAAGAUAGCAGUGAAGGUGAAGUAGAAGAAGAAAAUGAACCAGAUCUUGAAGCAUAUAUGUUAGAUAUCAAGAGGGUCGUGAGUGUAGAAACUACAGAGAAAAAAAGAAGUAGAGACAGUUGGUUUCCUGGUCUUGUUGUUAUUCCCUCGGCUCAACCCACAGUUAGAAUUAAUAUGAAAGACGAAUAUCUUAUAAGAUCAUUUAAAGAUGGAAGAUAUUACACUGUACCUAAAAAAGAAGUAAGCGAUUUCAACAGAGAACUGGCUGAAAAAGUUGAUAGUCCAGUAUUGGUAGAAGCUAUCAAUAAGGCAAUACAAUUUUUGGAUCAUAAUGAACUACCUCCGCAUUGGGAAAAGAGUUCCUUAUUUCAUUCUCAUUCAGUUGACAGUGAGAGUGAUGAAAAUUAUACUGACAGCUCUGAUGAUGAGCCUAAUGAAGAGAAAGAUCGUUUUGUGGCGCAGUUAUAUAAAUUCAUGGACGAAGCCGGUACUCCUCUUAAUAAAACACCAACGAUUUCUAAUCACGAUAUUGAUCUUCAUCGACUGUUUCGUAUUGUAGAAAAAAUGGGUGGUUAUAAUCGUGUCUGUAAUCAAAAUAAAUGGAGAACAGUAAGUCUUCGUUUACGUUUGCCAGGAAAUCAAAGCACGUUCAACCAAGUAAAGGCAGUAUAUAAAAAAUGCCUUUCGAGUUAUGAAACUUUUUACCGAACUCUUGGUGUGACAAUGUUAAAUCAUACACGACCAACUAAGAAAAAUAAAGGUAGAAGUUUAAUACGGGAUCGGGACAGAACUACUCCUAUUAAUAGUCCAGCACCGGAAAAAGAAGAAUUACCGAUUGAGGAGAAGAAGGAAAUGGCGACGAAAGAAACUUUUCAAGAGAAAGUGAAACGCGUCGAAAAGAAAAGAUUACCUCCUUCAGCUGAAGUUAGCGAUACUAAUUCCAGUGAUACUACCGAACAGGUCGACGUUAUUAAAGAAAUUUCAAAAGUAAAAAGAGAGAAACAGGAAAACAAAGUUCUACCUGUUAAAGAUAAAAAGGGUAAACAAUUAACCGAGAAAAUUAAACCUGUCGUUGAGAAAAUAGAAGAACAAAUUAAAAAAGAAGAAGAAAAGGUUCAAAAUACUAGAUCUAAAGCCCAAUCCAAACCAAAAGAAACUGUAACUUCAGUUGUUGAGACAACUAAAACUGAGAAGAAACCUGAAACGAAAAUUCCAAAAGAUAAUAAAAUUCUAACUGUUAAAACUGCCAAGAAAUGUAUAACACCUUUGGUUCCGUCCGACGAAGAAAAGAAAAGAGGCAAGAAACGUAUUGCAGAUGAAAAACCAGUAACGGCGGAAAAACAAAUAAGUGAGGUACCGCCAACUUAUAACAUUAACGUGGGUGAUAAACUUAAAGUUUUUUAUGGAUCUUCAAACGAAUCUAAAACUACUUAUGAAGCCAAAGUUAUUGAAAUUGAUAAAGACCAAUCAGGACAAAUUUACUUAGUACAUUAUACAGGAUGGAAUACAAGAUAUGAUGAAUGGAUACAGUACCAAAGAAUAGCAGAAAAUUUAAGUGCUACCAAGAAAACCAAACGUUCAAAACAAAAUACAGCUCAAUUAUCUGGAAGUUCUAAAAGUCCAGUUUCCAAACCUGGAACUAAAAGAACACGAGUUACUUCAACAUCUGCUAGAUCUUCAACCGCAGAACCUCCUAGAUCUACAACACCUUCAAGUGUGACAUCAUCUGGUAGUAGAACUAAGAGUCCUGCUACCCCGGCGACAAGGUCUACUGCUCGUUUAAGAAGAGAUUCACUUAGACGCACGAGAAGAAUAUCAGCCCAAACGGACAUUUCGACUCACACUGAAUCUGAAAGUGAGGGAACUGGUAGUGAUUCUGAAGUGUCAAAAACCAGAAACAGUACCAAAUCGGAUAAUGAAGUAAAAACAUAUAGAAGAAGACCUCCGCGACCACCGGUACAGUUACCCAAAACGGAUAAACGUAAAGAUAGGGAUGAUGAGGACCUUAGUAGAGAAGAACAAGAUCAAAAACCUUCUAGAUCUUCAAGAAGAAUAAAAAGAUCCCCAGAAAAAUCUGCCGAAGAAAGUGAAGAUGAAAAUAAUCCUAAAGGUAGAGAUUUCGAUUUAAAUCAAAUCCGAUCGGAGCUGAAAGGUUUUACGAAAGCCUUGAAGUUAUCAAAUUUAGACGCAGAUGACGAGAAAGAAGUAUUAUGUUCUUCAUCUGAUGAAUCAAAUCCACCCAUUUUAGACAAUUCUACACAUAUUGAUGAUGAAAUUGAAGAAAAACCAGAAAAACCACUCGAGAAGUCAUCCAGUUCUGAAGAUGUUUAUGAGUUCAAAGAACCUGAGCCGUUUGAAUUUGAAAGCAGAGCUAAAUUAGGAGAUGAGAAGAAACGUUUGGUGUCCAGAUUGUUCGAAGAAGUAGAUAAAAAUACAACUAUACGUAAUCUUGAAACCGAAAAAGAUAUGCAUCCACCUCGAAGAAAAGAAACUGAAUUUGAUUCUGAAAACGAAGAGGAAGAUGAAGAGGAAACAUUGAUUCCUAUGUCACCUCCCAAAGAAGAAGAAGAAGAUCCUUUUGACAAACUUGUUGAAUCGCCGAGCUUUAAUCUGAUAAAAACUACCGAGCGUGUAAUUGAGAAUAAAGAAAAAGUUGCAAGAAAUAUAGCUGAUGAUUCUUUAAGUCUUUUCAGAGAUCUUCCGCCAGAUGCUUCAGAUGAUUACAGUGGAGAUAUGGAACUCUCAGAUUGUGAAUCACAAACACAAAUUUUUGCCACAAAUCCAGAAAAACUGAGCAGUUUAGAAACUGGUAGUAUGUUUGGAGGUAAUAGUUUUUCCAAACCAUCUCCGGAUGAAAAUCUUCUGGAUUUAGAAUUUUCUUCUUUGGGGAAAACAGAUGAAGGUGGAGCGUCAUAUCCUUCAGAUGAAGACUCUAUAAGAGAACAAAUUCAAAGAGUAAUAGCUCAGAGCUCUUCUACCGACGAUGACAGUAACGACGGUUUGAAUUUACUUCCGACAACAUCAGGAAGUUUUAACACUAAAACAACUCGAACACCUUCUUUAAGUAAUGUAACAAGUAUUUUGGGAGUUAAUGUAUGUGAACCUAUUUCAAAAAAAGAAGUUGAAGUUAUUACGAGAGAAGAAUCUAAAGAUGAGAUAAAAGCAUCAUCGAUAUCAGAUAUUAGUGAAAACGAUGUAAGUUUUGUCGAAGUGCAGCAUAUAUCUCCAGCAUUACAAGAAACAGAUAGUGCCUUGUUGGAAUCUAUAGUGUCCCAUCCUCCAAUUUCUCUUAAUGUUAAAUUAGAGGAGACUGCUAAGGAACUGAGUAAUGUUAAGACCGGUACAAAAAUCGCUGAUUCGAUAUUACAGAAAUUUAAUUCAAUUAAGAAUGAAACUAGUGCAAAAGUUUCACCUAAAUCAGAAAAUGACGAAAAGGAAGAAGUUAAAGAGUGUUCAGAUGAGGUAUCUUUGAACAAAGAAACAAUACUUUCAGAAGAUACCAGACAUUCUUCAGAGGAGAAAGUAACCCUACAGACAGUUGAGGAAAAAGUUGAUGAGACACACAUCACAACGAAUUCCGGUGAAGAAUCUAUUGAAAACGUUUCUACAUUAACAAAAUCCCAAGUUCAAGAUGUAAAAAAACGAAAGAAAGUACUUAGUAGAAGUUUUAUUGAAGAUAGUGAAACUGAUAGUAGUGAUUCUGAACAAUUGAUAAUAGCCAGAUCAGACGAAGAUUCCCAAACUGCAUCUGUUAAAUUACGAGCAGAUACUAAAGAAAGUGACAGUAGCAAUAUGUUCACACAACUUCAAACUACAGACGAUUCCCAAUCCCAAGAAGCAGAUUUCAAUUUUGAGGCUAAAAAGGACGAUCUUGAAGUAUCUUCAUCUGCAAUAGAAAAGAUGGAAUCAGAAGCGAUCAAAGAAGAAGAACCUGACCCCAAUCUGCAUUCUCUUCUACUCUGCGAAGAAGUAAUACCUAGAAGUCCAGCUCCAUUAAGUGAAUCAUCAGUUAUUCAUGAAACAAAGUGUAUUAAAUCAGUUUUAGAAAUGCCCUUCGCUAGUGCCCCUAGUACAAGUAACAAUAAGAAUAUUCUUUUGGAUCAGAAGAAAAGUCAGCAACAACAGCAGCAGCCUGUACCUAUGGAUGUACAGGAAAUAAGAGAAGAGCAUUUGGAAAAUUCGACGAUUGUGGAUAAUACACCUCCUACAACGCCAGAGAGUACUAUGAGUAAUAUGUCUCCCAGAGGAGACGUUGAUGGAUUGUCUCCAAAUAUGGGCGAUAACGAAAGUUGUAAGUCGCAAGAUAUAGAGUCCGAAUAUCCUGAGCAGAGGUCUUCAGUAACAAAAGUAUCACCAUAUAGUGAAGAAGAUACCCAAAUGAUGGGGGAAAUGAAGAAAAAUAUUGCUUGUAAAAAAAGACGGAAAUCUUUAAGAAAUUCCGAAGAUACUAUGCCUUUGAAUAAUAAAAAAAGGAAGAAAAGUAGAUCGAGACAAAAUAGUGAUAGUGAUAGUUCUGAACAUUCAAAUACUGAUUGUAAUAAAGUAUCAUAUAAUAGACAAAACCGAUCACCAAGGCCUUCCAAAUACAAUUUUUAUGUAGAAUUUGAUCACAGCUUAGAUAGUACUCAGCGUAUAGCAGUGCUUCAACAAAAAUUGGCCGAAUUGAGAAAGACAUAUGCUGAUGUUAAAGCAGAACUUGCAGCAGUUGAGAGAAGAAGGAAAAAAAUUAGGAGACGUGAAAGAGAAGCAAUAAAAGCAGCUAAACAAGAGUUGGCGUGUAUAUGAUUAAAAGAAGUUCCAAUCCGUGAGGUUUGUCCAAGACAUGAAAUUAAAAAACAUCGUAGAAGACUUAGUAGGUGUUAAUUAAUUUUAGUUAUAUGAUAAAUCUUUAAUUUCAAUCUCUGUAAUUUAGGUUACCGCAUAUUUUGUAAAUAAAUUAUCUAUAUGAUUAAA